AGUGAAACUUGGAGCGUGGAAGGGAGAUGGCGGAGGCCGGGGGCGCGUGGCCUGGUCGGCUUGAGGAAAUGUAGCAUCUGGAGGUGGGGUGGCCUGUGGCAGCUCUGCGGAGCGCCUGAGAAUGAGGCUGGGCGGGUGACGUCCGGCAGGAGAGCGGAAUCCGAGCCGAAGGGCUGCGGACGGUGCGAGAUAGCUGGCUCCUGGGAACGAGGCUUGUGACGUGUGUCGAGGGGGUGUGCCCUGAAGCUGAGCAAAGGACUGCAGAGGGGAGGUGCUGUCUAUGUAGUAGAAAAUGGCGCCUGCGAAUGAGCAAAGUUUGUGACGCGGCGAGGUUUUUGCCUCUGGCGGAGACCUUCCCAGGACGGGAGAAAGUGCAGGUUCCUUGUGGAGCAACACUGGUACAAACAGUGGGAAUUACACGUGCAGGGAAGAGACCAGGAUUCCAGAACCUUCCCUGGCUACAUCAACAAUGCUGAGUUCUUUGAAGACCAAGUAAACUGGCACCUGAAGAAGGGAUUGUUGGAAGGGGAAGACUAUGUGCUGCUCCCAGCGGCUGCUUGGCAUCACCUGGUCAACUGGUAUGGUCUAGAGCAUGGCCAGCCACCCAUCGAACACAAGGUUGUGGAGCUGCACAGCAUCUGGAAGGUUGACGUGUACCCAGUAGAGCUGCUGCUUGUCAAGCACAGUGAUAUGGACACACCUCACACUGCUCAAUUCAGCCACACAGAUUCUGUUGACCUAGUUUUGUGUACCGCUCAAGAGCAGUUUCUGGUGAGCCCCCAGGAAGAGACCCGGCUGUGGAUUAAGAACGCAGAGGGCUUUUUCGAGAGGUUGUGCAACACACACAUCACAGUGCUUGACGCCGCCCUCAAGUCUGGGCAGCUGGUCAUCAUGGAGACCCAAAACAGGGAUGGCACUUGGACAGGUGCCCAGCCACAAGCCAUGAAUAGCGCAUCGGAGGAAGAUCAGGAAUUCCAUGGCCAGCCAGGCAUCUGUGGUCUCACUAACCUGGGCAACACGUGCUUCAUGAACUCGGCCCUGCAGUGCCUCAGCAACGUGCCACAGCUCACCGAGUACUUCCUCAAAAACUGCUACCUGGAGGAGCUCAACUUCUGCAACCCACUGGGCAUGAAGGGGGAGAUUGCAGAGGCCUAUGCAGACCUGGUGAAGCAGGCAUGGUCCGGCCGCCACCGCUCCAUCGUGCCCAAUGUGUUCAAGACCAAGGUCGGCCACUUUGCAUCCCAGUUCCUGGGCUAUCAGCAGCAUGACUCACAGGAGCUGUUGUCAUUCCUCCUGGAUGGACUGCAUGAGGACCUCAAUCGUAUCAAGAAGAAGGAAUAUGUGGAGCUGUGUGAUGCUGCUGGGAGGCCAGAUCAGGCCCACCACCCACCAUGGCACUGUCAACAGGAGGUCGCUCAGGAGGCCUGGCAGAACCACAAACGGCGGAACGAUUCUGUGAUUGUGGACACUUUCCACGGCCUCUUCAAGUCCACACUGGUGUGUCCCGACUGUGGCAACGUGUCUGUGACCUUUGACCCCUUCUGCUACCUCAGUGUCCCACUGCCUGUCAGCCACAAGAGGGUCAUGGAGGUCUUCUUUGUCUCUAUGGAUCCCCGCCGCAAGCCAGAGCAGCACCGGCUGGUCGUCCCCAAGAAAGGCAAGAUCUCAGAUCUGUGUGUGGCCCUGGCCAAGCACACUGGUGUCUCGCCAGAAAGGAUGAUGGUGGCCGAUGUCUUCAGUCACCGCUUCUAUAAGAUCUACCAACUGGAGGAGUCUCUGAGUAGCAUCUUGGACCGAGAUGAUAUCUUCAUAUAUGAGGUGUCAGGCAGAGCUGCUAUUGGCGAAAAUUCCCGAGAGGAUGUUGUGCUUCCUAUCUACCUGCGGGAGCGCACCCCGGCCCAGGACUAUAACAGUUCCUACUACGGCCUGAUGCUCUUUGGGCACCCGCUUCUGGUGUCAGUGCCCCGGGACCGGCUCUCCUGGGAUGCCCUGUAUCACAUCCUACUGUACCGCCUCUCACGCUAUGUGACCAGACCCAGCUCAGACGAUGAGGACGAUGGGGAUGAGAAAGCAGACACAGAGGAUAAGGACAACAUCCCUAAGCCUGGACACAUGGCUGGGAGCAGCUCCCAAGACUUUGGGAUGGAGCAGGCUGGGCCCAGCUCUGGAGUGGCUGGGGGGCACCGGGCCCCCGUGGACAGCUCCCCUGGACCAUCUCACUGGCCCCAGAGGGCAUGGCGCAAGCAGCUGUUCACCCUGCAGACAGUGAAUUCCAACGGGACUAGCGACCGCUCCACCUUCAACGAGGAUACCCAUGGUGUCUCCUUCAGCUCCCAGCCGUACAUUGCCAUUGACUGGGAGCCAGAGAUGAAGAAACGUUACUAUGACGAGGUGGAGGCUGAGGGCUACGUGAAGCAUGACUGCGUCGGAUAUGUGCUGAAAAAGGCUCCAGUACGGCUGCAGGAGUGCAUUGAGCUCUUCACCACUGUUGAGACCCUGGAGAAGGAAAACCCCUGGUACUGCCCCACCUGUAAGAAGCACCAGCUGGCCACUAAGAAGCUGGACCUGUGGACGCUGCCUGAGACGCUCAUCAUUCACUUAAAGCGCUUCUCCUAUACCAAGUUCUCCCGCGAGAAGCUGGACACCCUUGUGGAGUUUCCAAUCCGGGACUUGGACUUCUCUGAGUUUGUCAUCAAGCCGCAGAAUGAGUCAGCCCCAGAGCUGUACAAAUAUGAUCUCAUUGCAGUUUCCAACCAUUAUGGGGGCCUGCGUGAUGGCCACUACACAACAUUUGCCUGCAACAAGGACAGUGGCCAAUGGCACUACUUUGAUGACAACAGCGUCUCACCUGUAACUGAGAAUCAGCUUGAGUCUAAGGCAGCCUAUGUCCUCUUCUACCAACGCCAGGAUGUGGCACGUCGCCUGCAGCCCCAGCCCACCUUAUCUGAGCCCCCAGCAUCCCCUGCUUGCAGUUCCGCACCGAGCCCUGAGUCCAUGGAUGUAAACUGAGGGGCCCCGACCCUGCACAGGGAAGGAAACCAUCUCUGCUCUCUGCCUUCCUGUAGUCACCCCCAUUCUCUUACCCAUGUUAGGUUCCCUGCACCAGGCAUUGUAUGCUUAGUUGUGGCUACUGUUUUCCUGUGCCACUAUAUUGCUUCCCGGGGAGGAAGAGGUCGUGUCUCCUCCUGGCAGUAUGUUCCCCACCUGUGUUUGCCCCUUAGUGCAUUAACCUUCCCUUUUAUUCUCUAUUUGUGGUUGUCCCCUUUCCUCUGUCCUCAACCUGGGGUGUUCUGAGGGGGUGGUGGUGGGGUGCACCUGAACACAGAGUGUAUUUUCUUACCGAGACCCUUGUGCCCUCUGCUGUGUAUAUAUAAAGUGCCAGUGUGUUCCUUGGC